AUGACAACUCUGUGGUCUGUGACGGUUGGUCAACUUGCGCAUGUGCGUAAUGAAAGUCGACCCGAUCCUGUCACAUUCAUUUCGGUGAAAAUGUCACCAGGCGCUGUACCUCGACAUAUUCUGUUGUGUCUUGGAGUUUUGUGUUGUAUUCUUAAUACAACACACGGUAAAAUAAUUGUGUUUCAAGGCAUUCGCCUUGGUGGAGUUAAUCGAACUACACAAUAUGAAGGUCGAGUAGAGGUCAAGUACAACGACACAUGGGGAACAGUUUGUUUGGACAACUUUGAAAAUGUAGAGGCAGUGGUCGUCUGUCGGGAACUCAAAUUUGGGGGUGGAGAAGCAAUUACUGAUGGACGGUUUGGACCCGGGUCAGGUAAGAUUUGGUUGGACAAUCUAAAUUGUGAUGGAACAGAACAAAUGCUCAGUGUUUGCCAAGCCAAUAACCUAGGGGUUCACAACUGUGACCAGGUUAACCAUACCGAUGAUGCUGGUGUGAUAUGUGAUAACCCCUCAGCAGUGACACCAGGCCCCACCACAACCAGGGCCCCUGCCACGGCUCAGCCCUCAAACUGUUCCACAAACACCAAUGCUGACAAUAUCAGGCUUAUUGGCCCUAGUGACAAAACGGGUGUCGGAUUUGUGGAGGUCAAAUACAACAACACUUGGGGGGCAGUUUGUGACGACCACUGGGACAUACUAGACGCCAGAGUGGUGUGUGGAUCUCUAUGCUUCAAUCAGACCCUGGCCUUGGCCGGAACAUCGCAGACAGUAGACUAUGUGAAAAGCAAUGUUAGCUCCACCUUUUUCUUGGAUGACGUGAAAUGUGACGGCACAGAAUCCGACAUUUUCUCUUGUCAACACAACCCCGUAGGCGUACACAACUGUCAGAGUGGAGAAUAUGCCAGUGUCACCUGUGUACCUAUUAACCACACGGGCUCAGAAGCACCUGAGCCACUGCUGAGCUGUAGUGACGAGAAGUUCACGGCCAGUUUUAGUCGAGAUUACGACCCGUACCUGAUGCACCGACACUUGACCAUCAGCAAGCCCAGUAACCCCUGUAAUGUCCAGUUCCAGAACAACUCGGCCUACAUCAUCAUGAUGAUCCCCUUCACAGACUGUGGCACGACUCUCACUACAAAUGAGACCCAUAUAUUCUACACAAACACAAUCCAUUAUAACUUUACUACGAGACUCGGCGUCAUCACCAGGAAAAACAGUUACAUUGUAGAAUUACAGUGUGCCUUUCCACGCAACCAAUCUAACAGCGAUAAUAUCUAUAUCCCGGUCACUCAACUUGUAACCCAGACUGCCCCUGGCACGUUUUCUGUGGGUAUGGUCAUGUAUGGUGACGACAACUUCCAGGACCCACUGACAGUUACCCCGGAGUUGACCCUGAACCAACCCCUGAGCGUGUCAUUGACAUUGAAUGCAAGUCUACCACGCCUCAAGCUUGUGCUGAGGAGCUGCUUCGCAACUCCAACAGGUUCCUGGACAGACAAGAUCAACCACUUUCUGUUUGAGAACAGUUGUCCUAACGACACAACAGUUGCUCUCGUUCCUUGGAAUGAGACGGUAGAAGGAUUUCGUUUCCGUGUAUUCCGCUUUAUCGGGCAUGAUAAUGUGUACCUGCACUGUACCAGUACAGUGUGUGAGAUCAAUGAGAAGAGCGACAUCUGUGAUCGAAGUUGUGGGGCGACGACACCAACUCCUCCUACGGGUCGCCGUCGCCGUUCGGUCAGGCAUGAUGAACGUACAAAGAGAAACAGCGAUCACACAAUGCUCUAUACCAAAAGUGAUAAGAUCACCGUUUUAGAUGACAAUGAUGAGGCGGUCAUAGAGAGGUUACCACCAAGCGCUUCCACUUCUGCGACAGUUUACUCCACUCCCAAACCAACCACAGUGUCUCAACUUCCAACCCCUGCCCCCACCACCCAGAAGCCUGGUAGUACGGCGAAGGUGCGCGUCACCUCGGACACUCCGACAAACACUCAAGGUCAGGUGAAGGUCACACCCACAACAGAUGAACCCUCGAGGACAAAGACACCCACCACACAGAAACCAACUGACGGAGGCCAGGGAGUUCAAGAACCUCCAUCAAACCGGGACGGGGCCUUAAGCUCUGAUGGUAGGCUCACAGAAAUACUGGAAGACUUUGUUAGUCCUUCUUCAGCUUCUCAGAUGAUGGGUUCCUUGGUACUUGUUUUGGCCACAGUAGCGUUGAUGACCAGGAAUUGGAUUGGGUGAAAAGUAUAAUAUAUUAUGGGAUCAUUUGGAGAGAAAAAAAGCUGGAAUUUUUGCAAACUUUAUCUAAAAUGUUAUGUAAUGUAAUGAUUCCGUCCAAUUAUUAAAUAAUGACACUUUUUUCCUGAGAUCAUGAGUUAUGCAAUCUAGACUUCAGUCCAUUCAAAGUUGCCAACUUUUUCAGUGCCACAAUUUUAAAAAUGUGAUUAUACUUAAUUUGUGUUUAUACAUAAAUAUUAUAAAUUUGUAUUGUUUCAUGAAUCCCUUCUGAUUUCCAAAAUAUUUGGUUAAUUUUUGACAAACGAGAAUUUCGGUUAGAAUUGAUUCAUUGGUCCAGAGGCCAGACAUUUGAAGCCUUAUUACAGAUAUGCACUACAGCAAGCUAAGGUGAUCGAGAGUUUAGUUUUGUUACUGGGCUUCAACACUAUUGAAUAGUGAACCAAUACAGAAUGAUAUCACUAUUUUUCUAAUCAGGUGUUGUAAGCCAAUCAAAUCAUUCUACGAAAAAAACCAACUAAGUAACAGGGAAUAUUGGAUACAAUCUUGAAGUUACACACAUCUUAGGACAUGGCCACCAGAGUUAUGCCCCCUGUUCCACUCAUCUGAGAAGUACUGUCAAUCAGUAUGUUCUUUAUGUAACUUUUUAUUUUGGUUUAUUUACAUUCUAAAGACAAUUAAAGUCUAUGACAUUUUUAAUCAAGCACUUGUGUAGCUUAAAAAGCUGUGAUUAUAUGAUUGGUCCAUUAGUAUAAAAUGCAGGGAAUUUUUGAGUACUUUUGUAAUUUACAGCCUGAUCCUGGAUGCAUGUUCUUUCAGUCUUUUUUUUCUGUUUAUAUUUAAAUAUUCUGAAGAUAAUAUUAGGAAAUGUAUUUGCUCACUACUAGAAAAAUAAUCUUUUUUUUUAAUCAGAUUAUGAAAAUGUUUUCUAAAUGUCAUUAAGAAUAGGGCCGUUACUGUCAGCAUCAUAUACCAUAUAUAACAACAAAAAUCUCAGUUAUUGUGUAUGAUAUAUAAGGUGACUUGUGCACUAACGUGUGUACAAACACAAUAGGACUACGAUCUAGUAGACGAUUCAGUGCCAGUGUAGUAUCGUAUAAUCAGAAGGUAUUGCGUUUUCAGUUUAUAGAUGUUUCAGUUUUCAAUCAUUAUAUCCACCAGUCUGUUCUUUUCUGUUUUUCUUUUUUUUUAAUUUGAUGUCAUUUCAAAAAGAGUCUUACCAUAUCUAUCUAUUGAGCAGGGUUAGACACAAGUUGUUUUUGUUUGGUAGUCCACAGGACUAGUUGAAUAGAUUAUCUACUAGUCCUUCGUCAAUGUAACUAGUCCAAGAUUUCCAGAUAAGGAAACAUUGCGUCCUACAGAACGAAACAUGUAAAGUAAUCAACUGUAGGGGACUUAAAAUAACUGCUGCCAUAAAAAUAUGGUGAAGGUUUUGGCAAAAUUUCAAAUGCAAAUAUCUUACCUUAAGCAGUUUUCUAAAUUUUAAAAAGGAAUAUUCUUAUCUUAUAAUCAUAUUUUUCAUAAGUCCAAAGGACCAGUUAUGUUAGGUGAUUCACUAGUCCUAGCAGACUAGUGUUAGUGUCGACCCCUGUUGAGUAUGUUGUCUGCCAGCUAAUAUAACCUGAAGGACAUCUUAUCAGACCAAAGCAUGCAUGCUCUCUUGCCUUCCACUGCACAAAGUGAUGAAUUUCAUUAUACUCUUUUUAUUCCGUCUUUGCGUAUUGCAGAGUUAUCUCCUCUU